UUCUUUGAAACGAGAGUGUUUGGCAAGAGCAAUCGUGAUGUACGGAGAAAUGACUUUAAGCGGAAAUGGAUUUAGAUAACAAAGUGCAAGUGAGAUGUUUUAUUAUCAGUUGUGUAAACAAGUAGUAGGGAUGUGAGACACGUAGCGGUAUUUUCAGAAUCAUAUUUCCAAUAUGCCUUGAGAUUUUUUAAAAAAAGAGGAGGAGCAGAAAAAGAAAAAAAGCUAUGGAUACGGUUGUUGAUGAAUUAUCUCUCUCUCUGUCAAAUGUAGUUAAAUGGAUUGCUAUAGGAGCAAUAGUGUUUGGUGGCAUAGUGCCAUAUAUUCCACAGUACAAGGAAAUAAAACGAACAGAAGAUACAGAAGGGUUUUCAUUAUUUGUAUGUCUCACAUUGCUAAUUGCUAAUACACUGAGGAUAUUUUUCUGGUUUGGAAAGCAAUAUGAACUACCACUACUUAUUCAAAGUAUAAUAAUGAACAUAACCAUGCUCGCAAUGGUUCAUCUUUGUGUCAAUAUCAGGAACAAGAAUCAGAUAAUCCGCAGUAAGGACAAGGUGUUUUCAGAAGUGAGCAGCAAGGAUGACACAAGUGGAAGGUCUCACAAGAGUAAUAAGCAGCGGUUUCCAGUGCACACCUUCCGUGACUUUGAUUUACAAUACUUCUGGGCUUGGACAGACUUCAUUUCGUAUAUAGAUUUUCUCAUAGUUUUUCACAUAGCCUGUGGCAUAGUUAUGUACCUUUUUAUCGACGUGCCAUUAUUUGUGGAAUUGGUUGGAUUCCUAGCAGUACUUUUUGAAGCAAUGCUUGGUGUCCCACAAUUAAAAAAAAAUUACCAGAACAAGUCUACGCUGGGCAUGAGCGUGCAAAUGGUUCUAAUGUGGACAACAGGAGAUAUCUUCAAAACAAUAUAUUUUUUGGUAAGGCAAGCGCCUCCACAAUUCUGGAUUUGUGGAGUUUUACAGAUUCUCAUUGACAUUGGGAUACUGACACAGGUUUAUUGGUACCGCAAUAGCUCUGGUGUUAGAGCUAAAAAGCAGGAUAUGCCAGACUAAUAAAAUAGCAUUUAUAUGAUCAACUGUGUUGUGAUUUUGCAUUACUGAUGUAAAUACAGAAUGUUUUGUAGUUUGUGCAUUUAAUUGUUGGUCUUUUAUGAAAAAAAUAUUGUUUCAGUAUUUUGUAUUAAUGAGAACUGUAACAACUAUUAUAUAGUGAUUAUGUGUGUGCCUGUGUGUGUGUGUGUGUGUGUGUGUGUGUGUGUGUGUGUGUGUGUGGACAGCAUAAAAUUAAUUAGUGGUUUUAAUGUUAUAAAUACAGAUUCAAAGUAAUUAGAAAGUAUAAAAAUCUGUACUUAAACUGAAGUAAUUUUCCACUUACUUAAGACUAAUCAGAUCUAAAUUGAGUUAUAAUGCUGAAAUAGUCUCUUUAUGAUAUACUUUAAAUCUAAUGAAUGAGAAUAUUUUAGUAUUCAGGUAGAUGUUUAUUCUGGGUGUGGGGGGGAAGCUCACAUUUGAGCGUGCAUAUCUUUAUCUACAGAUUAACUAGCAUUGUUGAGUAAUACUAAGUACCCUCAACAAGAAGCGCUUUGUGUGUGUGUGAUGGAAAAUAUUUGUGGUAAAUAUUUGUGGUUCAUGACAACUAUUUAUAAAUAGCCCCAAUGAUUAGUGGUUUUAAUAGGUGGUAAUUAGUACCACUAGGUUCUGUUUGUUCAGUAUAAAACAAGUAUUAAUAGUGCUAGGAAUAGGGAAUAAAGUAUGAUGUUAAUUUAAGAAAUUGAAAAGUGAAGUGAAAUGUAGUUGUGCAUUAGAACAUCUCUAAUAUCUCAUUUACAUGUGAGUUUUGUAGUAUUCAGUUAAUAUUGCCUUGUCACUCAGCUCUCUAAUCCAUUAUUGGUAGCUGUGCAAAUAACACGAAACAUCUUAUAUGUCAUUCUUAAAUCUACCCAUUUUUGAUUGUGUGUAACUACAGGCAUCAAUCAUUACCAUUUGUUUUAAACUUCAUUGAUGAUCUGCAGUAAAUGUGGAGGGAGGGGUUUCUUCCCCCUCUCCUGAGAUGUGAUACAAAAAGAACCACCUCUCGUAUGUGGCCAGUAACUUGCAGCUUUCUCUAAAAGUGGAUAUAGACUUGCAAAAUUAACUUCUUAUAUUGACUUCUCUAGCUUGCUUUCCGAAAUAUGUGGUAUAAGAACUUUAUUUUGAUUCACUUGACUAAAGUUCUUUGUUAAAAACUUAAUUGUAGAGCCCAGAGUUGAUGUAGGUAGCUUUCAGAGAAGCUAGUGACAUUUAAGUGAGUGUGUUGGCCUUGAAGUAUUAAAAAUCUUAGGCUUGAAUUUUAUGUAACAAUUAAGAGUAUAUGUGCCUAACACAACAUACUAGAGUUUAUCCCUAUUUGAUGCAUAUUAUACUCCAAUUCCAGGAUUAGUGUACAGUUCAAUAACAAUUAAUGAUCCUGCACAUCUGUUUGUAGUCAUUAUAACAGUGAGCAUAAUUGAAAUAUUUGUAAACAAAUAGGUUAAGGAAAUGGCUGCCAUUAACUUUGAAGGCAGAGAUAUUUGUUUUGUAAAUAAUGUUUGUACCCUCUUUUAUCAUUCCCACUGUGUGUGGUGGGCAUACCAAUAAAUUUUAAAUGUUUGUACAUAUCACUAGUAUUUUAAGAAAAUUAAUUGUUAGGGAAGAUACAGAGCCCCUGAUACAUUUGUCAGUACAACUUUAAAUGUCUUAUAAUUUUAUACUUAAGGGACUGUGUAAAGAAUGUUAGUAAUGUAAAUUGAUAUGUGUGAAAUAAGUUGAUCCAUACUGCAGAGUUUAUUGUAACAUAAUAUUCCAUGUUGUUGCUUGAGAAUAAUCAUAAACUCAUUCAUAUAAAUUUAAAGAAAUAGCCUAAAAUAGUAUCUACAGCUUCUGUUACAAUUUAGUUUUUAAGGUUUCGUGUAAGUGCAAAUAUUUUUGAAUAAAAUUCUUUUGGCCAACAAA